AUACAUUCCUAAGCAAAGAAGACCAUUAUUCCUCUCCCGUCGUUCAUAGCCUGGUUACCUGCAUUGUCUUGUCCUGUCCUGUCCUGUCCUAUCUGUAGAUCUGCUAUUGCAUUGUUCCUGCAAGCCUGGCCACCAUCCAUCCAUCGUCCAUCCCCCCUUUGCAUAUAAACCUCCCGUCGCACCCAUCCUCGUUUUCCCGAUGCGCUUCCUUUCGCUCCUCAUCUCCAUUCUCGUUGCUGUCGUGUCAGUUGUCAUCUACCGAGACCAAGUAAUCGACUUAGCAACAGCUAGCAUUGACAGAAUCACGAAGCAAUUGAACGCUCUGAAAGACAUCGUCGCGUUGAACUUUGGUACUGGUGAUAUAGCGUCGUCUUCUACUACUACCACGGCCACACCCAGCUCUCCAUACUACAACCCAUCUGAACAACUCGUCGCAACAGAGAUGUCUGUUCCACGUGCCAUUCGCAAGGUUUUCCUUGCCGUCGAGCAAUCCGAGGGCGCCGGCGCUCGUGUUCGUCGGUCUAUCGGGACACCACAGCUGCGCAACUUCUCGCCCUUUUUGAUGCUCGAUCACUUCAGCAUCAAGCCGGGUGCCGGCUUCCCUGACCACCCCCACCGCGGACAAGAGACCAUCACCUACUUGCUAACUGGUGCUGUUGACCAUGAAGACUUCGCUGGAAAUGCCGGCACAAUUGAGGCUGGCGAUUUGCAAUUCAUGACAGCUGGACGAGGCAUUAUGCAUGCUGAGAUGCCGCGACAGAACCCUGACGGCAGCGCCAAUGUGGGUUUGCAGUUGUGGGUCGAUCUCCCCACUGAUCUCAAGAAGUGCGAGCCGCGAUACCGAGAUCUGCGGGCCAAAGAAAUCCCGCAGGUCGACAUCAACGACAAGGUCCACGUCAAGGUCAUUUCGGGACAGUCGGGAGGCGUCGACAGCGUCAAGGACCUCGCUUACACGCCAGUCUGGAUUCUAGACAUCGAGAUCAAGCCCGGUGGAAAGCUCGCCCAGCCCGUGCCUGUGGGCUGGAAUGCGUUCUCCUAUCAGCUUGAGGGGUCCGCCAUCUUCGGCUCUGGCGAUGCCAAGCACACAGUCCAGCAGUACCACAACUGCGUAUUUGAGGCUGAGGGAGACGUCGUGAAUAUCGAAGUGCCCGAAAACGCAACUGAGAACGCACGUUUCGUGCUUAUCGCCGGACAGAUCCUUGACCAAAAGGUUGUGCAGUACGGUCCAUUCGUACUGAACACACCGGAGGAGGUGCGCCAAGCCCUGUUCGACUAUCAGUUCCAGACGAACGGGUUUGAGCGAGCGAAAGACUGGGCGAGCGAGAUCGGCAAAUCGAUGGUUCACUAGCCUCUCUCAUCCCUAUGGCCGUAUCAUCCUAAAAAGUCAUUUUCAUCCUUGGGGGAAAACCAGUCCCGUUUUCUUGUAUAUAGCGACCCUUUCUGCCUUUUCCCAUUACCACCUCGUCUCAUUCGGUUAGGCGUAUGAUAUCAUGUAGCAUCGUUAUUCUGGCGUACGGG